AUGCAGGGCAAUAAGAAGUGCACAGACGGGUUCAGCGACUCCUCGAGCAUCGGCAGCGUGCUGGACGAUGCCGACAGGGAGGUUAGCAGCCUCACAGACCGGGCCUUCCGGAGCUUGUGCGUCUCAGAGGACACAUCCUUCAACGACUCUGACCUGACCCUGUCCCCAGACGUCACCCGCCAGGUGUUGGGGACUUUUCACCAGGGAACAGUAAGCCACACGCACAGGAAAAACAGCAUCUGGAGCCAGUUACCGUCACAAGGCACCGAGCAUGCGGGCUGGGCGGCCACGUUCCAACAGCUACCCAAGUACGUUCAAGGGGAGGAGAAGUACCCCAAGAGCAGCCCCCCACUGACACCAGCCCAGAGGAGACUGGAAGUGCCCCUUUCCGGUCUGAGGAGCAGCAGCAAGCCGGCUUCGAAAGUGUCAUCACUAAUUAAAUCUUUUGACAGGACUGAGAGCCAAUGUUGUGACAGCAGGCCUCCGACCAGUAAGCCCCCAGCUCUCAAAAAUCCCCCUAAAUUUGCUCCUCUUCCAGAAAGUGGUGUCAACUUCUGCUUCGAUUCUGCAUUUCUGACUGUCAGGAGGGUGCCUGCUGAAGUCUCUAGCGCCCAUCAGAUUAGCCACCAGUCUGGAAGGAAGCAUGGAGAGCAGGAGUCCCCCAAGAAUCCUGAAAUGGCCUGUCACGGCUCCAGCAGCUUCCUCCCAACACCUGAUAAUGCAGCCAGCUCAUUUGAGUCCAAGUUCCCGUCUCCGCCCCACAAGCCAGCCCAGGGUGAUCCUGGAAGAAGUAAGGAGUGGCCCCGCAAGGGAACCUUUCUUCAUAGCGAAAACAGUGCUUUUGAGUCGUGGAACGCCCACCAACCAAGGCUGCCCGAGAGAAAGGAGGUCGCUGACCCUGUCCCAGAAAGCAAAACUCCCAAGCAUUAUGAGGAUGCACCCAUGUUAAAAGAGCCCCCCUCCCCUGAACACAGAGUCUCCCCCUGCCAAGCCCGGGCCAGCUGCAGCCAGGAGGAGAAGAGGUUGGCCGCAGGGGCUCUCACCACGUCUGGACCCUGGGGAGCUAGGGAUCCAGGAGCCCAGGCAUUCGCUGUGGAGGGAAAAGCUUCAAGCUCACAGCCUGACCCUCAGAUGAAGCCGACCCAGGUCCCAUGGAGGAAACCAAAGCCUGGCAAAGGAAGGAAAGAAAGUCUACCAGAUGCUUCGGAAGAGAAGAAGCAGGCCACCAGAAGGGGCCCAGCCUUGUAUACAAAGCACAAUCCCCAGGAUCAAUUUCCAGAAAACGAGGCUCUUGACCUGCCCAUGGACCCCAACGAGCAUUAUAGUCCUCCUUUUAACAUCAGUAAGCUUCUGACUCCCAUCAUCCCCACCAAGCAUGUCCUGGAGCCAUCCGACAGCCAGCCAGUGGAGAUGACCCCAUCACCCCCAGGACAGCUGAAUGGGUACCAAGAGAAGGAGCCCAGUGAAGGUCAGUCUCGGGACAGCUACAGAUCCAAAGCCCCCAGCCUGCUGUUCAACCUCAAGGACGUGCGGAAGCAUGUGAAGAGCACAUACAGCCCCUCACCGCUCCUGAAGGGCCUUGAGGAGAAAACCAGAGGCAAGCAAGAACCAGUGAGCAAUGGCGUCCUCCUUCCCAAUGGGCUGGAGGAGAGCCCUUCAAAUGAGCUUCCUAAGGAGAGACCAGCUGAUGGCUCUUCUGGGUCACACAUGAGUAGCCAGAAGGACCCUGAUGCUGACCCUGGUUCACCCUCUUCAGAAACCUGUCUAACUCUUAGCUCACCCCCAGCUACCACCCAAGCCCCUUUCUGCAUCAACGGGGAGGGAGCUGACAGAAACAGGUACGAGAAAGACAAUGGAGACCCAGAGAUGGGCAUCAUCAGGUCGGGCAAGAGUCCAGACGCCGGCAAACCCUGCCCCAGGAAGCGUCUGUCCCUGAGGCUUUGCAGCAGAGAGCCUGAGGCAGGGAAGGCUGCAGAGAAACCUAAGACCCCCAGCCUUGAGAAGGGGUUCCUGAGAUCCGUGUCUCAAGAGACAGAACCUGAGAGAGAUGCAGGACUGCAGAAUCCCAACUUGAACCAGAAAUUCUCCCCAGGGCCCCUCUCUCCCGAAGAGGAAGAUGUGUUUUACAGUGACACCCAAUCAGAUUUCAUGCCAGGCUUCAAAAGUAAGGCCAAGUUCAGCACCAGCUCUUCAGACCAGUCCUUUGCCUCAUUUGAGGAUCAGCAGAAAACGUGGUUCACCGAGAGCCAGCAGGAAGACAGGAGGAAUGACGGAAGUGCAGGAGAUCGUCGGAAGGACGAGAAGGAGAAAGUGAUGGGGAGCGAUGAGCUCCAGCACGGUGCCCUGAGUAAUGGGUCCGCGUGCGUGCAGGAGCACAGCAAGGGGGAACCAUUGCAAGGAGAAGGGGAAGGUUUGUCUGGAGGUAGACCCGGGGAGGCAUCGAGAGAGGAGGCUAACUUCAGAGGCACUUGGGUGGGGGGAAGUAAGGAUGCAGUCAAAGAAUUUACCCCCUCACCAUCUUCCACUUCAAAUAAGCACAUACUGUUUGCGAUUAAAGACAACACCCUCAGGGCCACCCCCGUGAUAAAACCCAUCAUGCUGCCCCUCCUGAGGACCAUGUCAUCAGAGGACCCACUGGGCGGCAGCCACAAAGAGGACGACUUGCCAAAGCCAGGCUGGGGAGAAGAGGCCGGUCUUGGUGGCUCUGAGAGCAAGGAAAUGGCCAACAUCCCAACCCCCGCUAGCAUGCAGGACACACCCUCGAAGCACACAGCCUGGGAGGGCAUGGAGCACCACGGGCGAGUGCCCGGCAUGGCCCGGAAGGAGAUUUCCCAGCCAGUCCCAACCAGAAUUGGCCCAUCUCCUCCACUCAUGGGAGAGGGCGAAGGGCUGAAGCCACCCCCAGAGGAUGCACGUCACCUUGUGGCAAACAAAGGCAAGAACAGUUCCAUGGACCAGGGGAAGCUGGAUGUUCCAAGGGGUAUCCCCACCAUCGCUUUGCCCCAAGGCGAGGCAGAAGACCAGCCACCCCCACAGCAGCUGGGAAUGUGUUGGGAAGAACACACACAAGAUUUCAAAAGUCACUUACUGUCUACACCCAGAGCAGGGCCCCCAGGGAGAAGACUGGUGCCCGGAGAGAUGGCUGUUUCUCCUAAUGCCAGCUCCCUGGAUGAGAGCAGCGCGUGCUCUCCUGCCGCCAGCAGCAUCUGGGACGAUGCUUCCCAGGCCCCCACUGAGCCGGGCCUGCUGCCAGGGUUGUCUCCUCACCCCAGUCCCUGGGCCGGCCUCUACCCGGCCAGGGUCGCCCGGCGGGAGGACCUGACACACGCCCUCACGUGGGAGGCUGGCUCGGACCCCCAACUUGAGCCAUCCGCGGAAGACCUCAGGACCCUUUCUCCAAGAGGUUCAGUGCUGGACAUGGCCAGCAGCUCCGCAGGCCUCCCUGAGAAACCAGAGCCCCCUGCUCCGCUCGAGAGGGCGGUCGGCAAGCCACCGGCGGUCCCACCCAAAACAGAGAAGGCCCUGCGGCGGGCAAAAAAGCUGGCAAGCAAGAGGAGAAAGACCGACCAACUGCAAGAGAAGCAUGGCGAACCCGAUGAAGAAAAGCCCUUUCUGGAGGACUGGGAGCGCAGGCCACCAUCGCCUGGAGAGAGGCCCCAACCCAGGUUCCCCGAGGUCCGUUCCCUGCCCCCUCCCACCCACCGCCACUCAGUGUCUGCCUUCUCAGAGCCACUCAGGAGGCAGCCUGGGGGGUCCCAGUCCCUUAUGCCUCUGGUCCCUUACCCUGCCACCCAGAAGGUCCUCCAAGACCCCCAAUCUGGAGAGUACUUUGUCUUCGACCUGCCACUCCAGGUGAAAAUCAAGACCUUCUAUGACCCAGAGACAGGCAAAUAUGUCAAGGUCCCCAUCCCAUCCUCUGAGGGGGGUUCCCCUGAGCCGCCUCCGCCAAGCACACCUGCUUCUCCCUACAUGCUGUAUCCCCACUUCCGGGCCCUGCCGCUGAUGCCGCUGCGCUGCUCCUCUCAGCUCUCCACCCCCACCUGCUUCAGGCAGGGCCCACACACCCCCGAGGUGGCCGGCCCGGGGUCCCAGAGGGCCCGUGAGGCUGGCCUGCCAAUGGCACCUCCCCGGCGCCCAGGGGAGGAGGGAGGAGAUGCUCCACGCCUGGGCAUCAUCUCCACCAAUGACCUAGAGGACUUCGCCACAGAAGGCAUUUCUUGA